CCCUUCACUGUCUUAGCUCAUCCCUCUCUCACUGCAUUUUUGCCCAUGUUACUUUCCUUCCUGUAGGUUGCAUCCCCGUCUGGCCGUGCUGUUCAGCCAUGACCACCGCCAUCCUCGAGCGCCUGAGCACGCUGUCUGUAAGUGGGCAGCAGCUGCGCCGCCUGCCCAAGAUCCUGGAGGAUGGGCUUCCCAAGAUGCCUUGCACCGUCCGGGAGACAGACGUGCCGCAGCUCUUCCGGGAGCCUUACAUCCACACCGGCUACCGCCCCACGGGACACGAGUGGCGCUACUACUUCUUCAGCCUCUUUCAGAAGCACAACGAGGUGGUCAAUGUCUGGACCCACUUGCUGGCGGCCCUGGCUGUCCUCUUGCGAUUCUGGGCCUUUGCUGAGGCUGAGGCCUUGCCGUGGGCCUCUCCCCACGCCCUGCCCCUGCUCCUCUACAUCCUGUCCUCCAUCACUUACCUCACGUUUAGCCUCCUGGCCCACCUGCUGCAGUCCAAGUCAGAGCUCUCCCACUACACCUUCUACUUUGUGGACUACAUUGGCGUGAGCGUGUACCAGUACGGCAGUGCCUUGGUGCACUUCUUCUACAGCUCUGAUCAGGCCUGGUACGAGCGCUUCUGGCUUUUCUUCUUGCCAGCAGCCGCCUUCUGUGGCUGGUUAUCUUGUGCUGGCUGUUGCUAUGCCAAGUAUCGUUACCGGAGGCCUUACCCAGUCAUGAGGAAGAUCUGUCAAGUGGUGCCUGCAGGGCUGGCCUUCAUCCUAGACAUCAGCCCUGUGGCACACCGAGUGGCCCUGUGCCACCUGGCUGGCUGUCAGGAGCAAGCUGCCUGGUACCACACCCUCCAGAUCCUCUUCUUCCUGGUCAGCGCCUACUUCUUCUCCUGCCCGGUCCCUGAGAAGUACUUCCCGGGUUCCUGUGACAUUGUGGGCCAUGGGCAUCAGAUCUUCCACGCCUUUCUGUCUGUCUGCACACUCUCCCAGCUGGAGGCCAUCCUCCUGGACUACCAGGGGCGGCAGGAGAUCUUCCUGCAGCGCCACAGUCCCCUGUCCAUCUACAUGGCCUGCCUCUCUUUCUUCUUUCUGGCUGCCUGCAGCGCUGCCACCGCAGCCCUCCUGAGGCACAAAGUCAAGGCCAGACUGACCAAGAAAGAUUCCUGAGGCUGGGAGGUGGGACAAGGUGUGGAGGUAGCCCAUCGUGAUUUGGGAAAACUCGAUACGACUAUAGGAGUUGACUUUUUGUUUUUAAGAGUUGGCUUUUAAAUUAAUACGUUUUUCCAAGGAUAUGCUGGAACUAUGGCGUUGGAAAGCCAAAGGAUUCAAGAGUUUUGUUGUUGUUAUUGUUGUUAAUGAAAGGAGUAUUCCUUUUCCCUCUGGGUCCUAGCCUUAUAAGGCACAGGAAUGGAAAGGACCUGGCUAAGAGUCAUGGAACACUGAAGUAAGGAGAACCAUCUUCAUGCCGGAAGAUUUAGUAGGAUUCUGAAUUGGACUGAAAAGUAGGUAGAUGGCUGGUUCACACCAUAUUGGAAUGGCCAUCUUACUAUGCUGGUCUUUGGUAAUUGAAUAAAUUGACCCAAGGACCAUAUUUCAUUUGGAUUUCAUAUUGUCCAGGGUGGAGAAGUCAGAAUCUUCAAGAUGAUUCAGUGAAACCCUUAGACGUGAUGAACUACUCUGUUCACCUGAUUUCUGAUCCCUCCUCUCUCACCCACUCUAACACUGACCCUUUUCUCAGGAUGAUGUCUGCCUGGCUGUUUCUCUAAAGUGCUGUUCACUCCCAUCUGUACCUUGCCUGGUAAUGUAGAGGACCAUGGAGCAGUCAUACUUCCAGGAAAUGCUUGGACCCACAUGGACAUUCAGGAAGCUUAUUCUCAUGUAAUACUGAUGUAAACGGUACUAGAAAGUUCAAUGCCAGGAGCCACCAGGAGGCCCAACCAACAAGCGUGGACCCUGUUUGGUGUCAUGGGACCCUUCUGUUUUUAUAGCUGUGGACUGUGGGAUUGCUUGAGAUCUCUUAGGGCUGCCUCACAGGCCAAGAGAUUGGGGGCUGGCUCCAGGGAAUCUUCUCCAGAUUUUGACCAGCAUGUUCAGAAAGCCCCUGGUAGAGUGAAUU